ACGACUGACAUCUUCCUUCACCACAAGAUCUCUAAUCAAAGCUUCCCAAAGUGCUGUCGCAGCAGUCGACUGCUGAACCAGAACCGCGGGACAUGCUUGUGAUGUACACUAUAGUGCAUUCAGCCAUGCCUGUCUGGUUUCACCCAUUCUCCAAAGGCCAAGGCAAGGUCAGCAGUUGGCGGGUGGUCCAUGGUGAGUUAGAGAGAGGAGAGACAGAUUUGGAGAGAGAGAGAUGGGGAGGUGGAGAGAGUGAGAGAGAGAGUGAUGGAGAGAGGGAGAACGAUGUGGAUGGAGAGAGCGAGAGAUGGGGAGAGAGGGCAGAGUCGCUGUUGGAAGUUGCCACCAGAUGGAGGCGCUGCUGAGAACAGACCACCCAAGUGGAGCGUGUGUGAGGUUGACCCAGUUAAUUUUAUCACUGGAGUCAUUGGCUGCAUCACAUAGGGACUAGGGUGCCAUUAGGGACGUAGCGAUGUCUCACCCAUAGGGACUAGGGUGCCAUUAGGGACGUAGCGAUGUCUCACCCAUAGGGACCAGGGUGCCAUUAGGGACGUAGCGAUGUCUCACCCAUAGGGACUAGGGUGCCAUUAGGGACGUAGCGAUGUCUCACCCAUAGGGGACAUGACAGAAAAGGGGGAUAUUAUAUUGAGGCUGUAGUUUUCCAGUAUGUUUCCAGUGUGUUUUCAGUAUGUUUCCAGUGUGUUUUCAGUAUGUUUCCAGUGUGUUUUCAGUGCAGGUCAUUGAGAUAAAGGCAUUGAAAAUGGUCCGGGGGACAUUCUGGUGUCGGGAGUGUUUUCAAGAGGCAGGGAGGUGUAAAGAGAUCCAUUGUACUGUACGAUAACCACUCAGUUCUAUCCUAUUACCUCCAACAGACACGCCAUUCAUACAGACAGUACUGCAGGUCUGUGGCCACAGCUCGCCGGCCAAUACCUGCGGCAUCAUGGAUAACCCUGGUGGAUUGUCUAGCCUCCUCUCCACUGAGACACUGGGGAAGGAGUUUAUAGAACUGUUGGAAUUCGGACCCUCCAAACACUAUUCUGCCUCAAAAUGUUGUUUUCUCUAGCCCUCCUCUUCCUGCUAACCCCGUUCCCCUCCCUUCAAACUCCAGUAACCAAUGAGAAAAGAAACGCUACAGGAACAGGAAGUGAACCCAAACCCUACGUCCUACUCACCCUCUCCCGCGCAAAACCAAAAACCGCAGCCACGCUCGUGAAAGUCACCAAAGAGACCCCUAAGCCCAAUCUGAAAGCCCUAAACUCAACUGCAGCCAAUCAGACACAUCCAGCCCCCUCUACCCCCCUCAAACCUCCAACAGCCACGCUCGUCAAACUCACCAAAGAGACCCCUAAGCCCACUCCGAAAGCCCUAAGCCCAACUGCAGCCAAUCAGACACAUCCAGCCCCCUCAACCCCCCUCAAACUUCUAACAGCCACGCUCGUCAAACUCACCAAAGAGACCGCUAAACCCACUCCAAAAGCCCUAAGCCCAACUGCAGCCAAUCAGACACAUCCAGCCCCCUCAACCCCCCUCAAACCUCCAACAGCCACGCUCGUCAAACUCACCAAAGAGACCGCUAAACCCACUCCGAAAGCCCUAAGCCCAACUGCAGCCAAUCAGACACAUCCAGCCCCCUCAACCCCCCUCAAACUUCUAACAGCCACGCUCGUCAAACUCACCAAAGAGACCGCAAAGCCCACUCCGAAAGCCCUAAGCCCAACUGCAGCCAAUCAGACACAUCCAGCCCCCUCAACCCCCCUCAAACCUCCAACAGCCACGCUCGUCAAACUCACCAAAGAGUCCCCUAAGCCCACUGUGAAAGCCCUAAACCCAACUGCAGCCAAUCAGACACAUCCAGCCCCGUUGACCCUCCUUAAUCCUUCAACAGCCAAGCUCGUCAAACUCACCAAAGAGACCCCUAAGCCCACUCUGAAAGCCUUAAGCCCAACCGAAGCCAAUCACAUUCUUCCAGCCCCUUCAACCCCCCUCAAGCCUCUCAGAGCCAGUGGUCCAAAGACCACCACCAAAGACAAACCCUCCCCCACACAGCCGCAUCCCAUCCCCAUCAAGGUGCUCAUCACUUCUGACUCUGGCUGCAUCAGCAAGGACACGCAGAGCAACGCUAGCAACCGCACCAAGGAGCAGACCCAGACCCAUGAGCUGAAGCUGAAGCCUGGCUUUCCUCUAACCCUGACCCACCGCAUCAGUCUGGUUCCUACCUCCUGCACCGGGGGAUGUGUGGCUGAGAUGGCAACACUGAAAGGACGCGUUGGCAGGCUGGAGAAAGAGAUGUCCCUCAUGAAGAGUAAAUGUGCUUCCUGCUCCAAAGGCCCAUGUCCCAAUGACUGCAGUGCGAAUGGUAAAUGUGAGAAGGGAACGUGUGUCUGCCUCCCAGGGUUCCUUGGUCUAGACUGCAGUAAAUGUACAGCUGGAGCUGACUGCAGUAAAAAAAGUACCAAAGACAAAAUCCAGAUAACGGUGGAGACGGUGGCGUUGAAGGUAUCACCUGAGAGCAAUGCUAUCACGGAGAGUCUGCAGGGGAAGAAGACCAAGGCAGACCAAAUCCUCUUCCAGAAGAAAACAGAGCAAAAGAAACCUACAGCCGCCAAAGAGGAUGAUUAG